AUGAAGCUCUACACUAUAAAUCCAUUUUACACGUCCCUUCUAUCGGUGAUAAUUUUUACGGCAUUAACCUAUUCAUUCUCGCUCUUUACUGAAAAUGGAAAAACAUAUUAUGUAAAUUUCAAAUAUGCAAUAGUUUAUGGAGGAAACAAAACCUUAAGAGUAGAUGGAAUUCCUUUUCCAGGAUUGAAAAGCUAUAGGCAAUUAACGGUUGAUGAACAAUUAAAAGUAAAGGAGAUGAAAAAAAAAAGAUUUGACGCUGAUAGGGAGAAAGAACAGGAGCAACGUGGAAAAGAGCUCCAAAUGCGUGAGGCUGAGAGGGAGAAGGAACAAAAAAGGGAAGAAGAACAAAGACGUGAACGAAAAAAAGAAAGAACAGAACGUGAAGCAGAUGCAGCCUAA